CCCAACACCCUGUACAGAGCUUGCCAUCAUCGCAACUGAAUGCUGUUUCGUAGUGUGGAGUAAAAAGAUGCCCCAUCGACUCAUAUCCUUUGCAGACGUUGCUAAACAUAACACGAAAGAAGACUGCUGGUGCAUUAUACACGGAAAAGUAUAUAAUUUGGGCCCUUUUCUGAAUGAACAUCCAGGAGGCGUUGGUCCCAUCCUUAAACAAGCAGGAAAGGAUGCUACAGAAGCGUUUGAACCAAUCCAUCCAAAGGAUAUCAUUGAUCGCUUUCUUCCCAAGGAACUCUACUUAGGUGAUGUGGAUCCUACGACCGUUCCUGAGAAGUCCGUUGAAGAAAGCCCUGACGCAAAAGCGCUGAAUAUGACGAAGAAACCAAGCUUGUCGGCAAUACUGAAUGCGUUCGAUUUUGAAUCAGUGGCUCGCCGAACAAUGAAACCAGAGGGAUGGGCAUAUUACUCGUCAGGGGCUGAUGAUGAAUUGACACUGCAAGAAAAUCAUGCAGCGUUUCACAGAAUAUGGUUGCGGCCUCGAGUAUUGGUCAACGUCCGUACAGUAGAUACUUCCACCACGAUGUUGGGGACGCGUUCGUCGUUGCCUUUGUAUAUAUCUGCCACGGCCUUGGGAAAGCUUGGUCAUCGUGAGGGCGAGGUGGUCUUGACACGAGCUGCGGGGACGAGGCAAAUUGUGCAGAUGAUGCCGACUCUAGCGAGCUGUUCCUUGGAUGAGAUGGUGGCUGCGAGGGCGACUGGGCAAACCCAGUGGUUUCAGCUUUACGUUAAUAGUGAUCGAAAAAUAACUGAGCGUCUAGUCCGUCACGCAGAAUCCAAGGGUGUGAAAGGUCUUUUCAUAACUGUGGAUGCACCUCAACUCGGUCGGCGCGAAAAAGACAUGCGGACAAAAUUUGUCGAUGACGCGCCAGACGUUCAAAGGGACGGCAAGGAGUCCAUAAAUCGAAAUGAGGGUGCUGCGCGGGCAAUAUCCUCUUUCAUAGAUCCCGGUUUGUGCUGGGAUGAUAUCGAGUGGUUUAAGAGCAUCACCAAAAUGCCUAUCGUGCUUAAAGGUAUCCAAAGAGGCGAGGAUGCAGUAUUAGCAGCAAAAGCAGGUGUUGCAGGGAUUGUUGUUUCGAACCACGGUGGACGGCAAUUGGAUACAGCACGGUCGGGAAUCGAAAUAUUGGAGGAAGUAAUGACGUAUCUGAAAGAGGCUGGGCUAACAGAUCGCCUUGAAGUGUAUGUAGAUGGGGGAUUCCGCAGGGGAACGGAUAUAUUCAAGGCGUUGGCGUUAGGUGCCAAAGGUGUCGGAUUGGGUCGGCCUUUCCUGUAUGCCAUGUCUACAUACGGUCAGCCGGGCGUGGAACGGUUGAUUGACUUGCUGCGGGACGAGUUGGAAAUGGUAAUGAGACUAAUGGGGACUCCUUCGAUUAAAGAUAUUAGCAAGGAUAUGGCUGUGGUCAAGAAUUUAUCUAGUCAUGUAGGACAAGCCCCGGCAGAUUCACUAUAUAGACAGGUCUACGAGCGACAGAGCACGAUUAUCGGGUCGAAAUUAUAGAUUGUAUCAAUCUCACCUGUGGCCUGCCGAUCGCUGAAGUAAGCACAUUGCAUGAUUUAUGAUUCCAAAUACAAGCAGAACCAUUGCACCUUAGUUUGAUCAUGACGAGUUGAUUAUCACAGACUUGACUUAGAGGGAUAGCCUUUGCCUAUCUUACAAUAAUAUUUUAGAGAAUCUAUGAUUGAAUCUGACUACUGGUGUCUAUCUAAUUGCCUUGACCCUACAUAUUUGCCUCACCGAGACAAAUAGACUUUAUC